GACGUUAGAAAUGUCAAACCUAUUUGUAAACAAUCCGCGUUAAUUUUGCAAUUUUCGCAAUUAUUUGAUUGUAAUAAUUAUCAAUUAAAGUGAAAAUGAUGUCCGAUGAAUCCGAAAAUGACGGGGUGUACGUGGAUAACCAAGAGAGUGAUAUAUACUACAAAAAAUUCAAAUUAUUGCUUGAAGAAUGCUCGAACAUGCAAAGAUCGAACGAAAUAUUAGUUUUUAGGAUACAAGAAACAGACAAAAUAACCAAACGAAGACACAAAGAAGUAAACUUCUUCAAACAACGAUUGCUAAAAAACUACAGUGAAGAUUGGACUGUAAUUCCUAAAACAAACUUAAUUAAAGAAGAAGAAGACACAAAACCGUCAAAUUUAGUCGCUAAAGAGCGAAUAAAAGAAGAAAAACUCGAAGAAGAUGAAAAACCGGAAAAACCCGUGAAAACGCCCAAAAGGCCGGCGAAGAGGACGAAAGGGAAGGCGGAGAAGGAUCCGAACGCCCCAAAACGGCCUUCAAAUCCGUUUUUUCAGUUUUGUCAGGAACAACGGCAGAUUUUGAUGGAACAAUUGAAUUCUGAGCUGAAACCUGGCGAACCAGAGCCCACUAAGCAAGAACUGACCAGGCAGUUGGCCAUCAAGUGGAAGUCUUUGACAGUACCAGAAAGAAAGAUUUAUGUGGAUAUGUAUGAAAAGUCAAAGGAGAAAUAUGUUGUGGAAAUGUCAGAGUAUAAACAAAUGAAACAAUAAUGUGAUUUAGUAUUAAGGUU